GCGGCCAGGCCCCGCUCGGGGGCGGCCUGACGCGCCUUCCAGGCAGCUCCCGGCACCCCGGGGUGGGUGGGCGUCCCGCUCGGCCGGGGGUCCCCAAGGGCCCUGUGGACCCCUCCGCCGCCUCCCCUCUCCACCCCGAUCCCGGGAGCUCCGGCGCCCGCGGGAAGGAAGCGCGCGCCUGUGGGCGCUGUAGAGGGGCGGGCGGCGGCGGGUUUGGGGGGCCCCGGGGAGGCCGCCUAGCCGGGACGCCCGAGUCUGUUCAGGACCUAGGGCCGCGCUCUCCCCGCGAGCGACUGGGAAGCCGCCAGGGUCUCACUGCCAGUCUCCGGAGGUGGGAGUGCGUGCUCCGUCCGCCAAAAAGUAGGAUCAUGGAGCCGUUCGCGGUCUCAUGCAGGCGCGGUCCGUGGCUGUCACCUGUGAGCGGCACCGCCUGGAGGGGUGGAGGCCAGACCAAAACAAAACGGCAGAAACACCCUGCCCACGUCGGCGGGUGCAGAUGCAGUCCUCGCGGGCCGCGGCAGUGCAGAGAGCGCUACCUUCCCGCGGGCCCGAUGCCGCCUCGCUCGCCCUCAAGCCCCCCUGAGUCCUGACAGCGAAGUGUGUAGGGCAUCCUGCAGGAGUUGUGCGGUUCUGGGUGCUUUUGCCCAAAGACAUCCUUUGGGAUGAAUUCAGAGCCACGUCUCACGUCCCACGAGACUGGAAGAAGAACCAUGUAAAAGGAAUUCGACAAAAGCUUUCCACAUCUCUGUUUAUUCUUUUGAAUCCAUAAAACGACUUUUAAAAAAGCAUUCGGGCCACCUAAGAGAGAAUGCACUUCUGGCCAGAGCAUGCAGGAUUCUUUUGCCCAACAGGGGAAAGGAAGCAGAGAGCUGGCACAGCGGAAAUGGCCCUGGUGCCCUAUGAGGAGACCGCGGAAAUGGGGUUGCAGAAAUUCCACAAGCCUCUUGCCACCUUCUCCUUCGCCAACCACACCAUCCAGAUCCGCCAGGACUGGAGGCAACUGGGGGUCGCAGCCGUGGUUUGGGACGCGGCCGUCGUCCUCUCCACGUACCUGGAGAUGGGAGCCGUGGAGCUCAGGGGCCGCUCUGCUGUGGAGCUGGGUGCUGGGACGGGGCUGGUGGGCAUCGUGGCUGCCCUGCUGGGUGCUCAGGUGACUAUCACGGAUCGAAAAGUAGCAUUAGAAUUUCUUAAAUCAAAUGUUGAAGCCAACUUACCUCUGCAUAUUCAACCCAGAGCCGUGGUUAAGGAGCUGACUUGGGGACAGAAUUUGGGGAGCUUUUCACCUGGAGAGUUUGACCUGAUACUUGGAGCUGAUAUCAUAUAUUUAGAAGAAACAUUCACGGACCUUCUGCAGACUUUGGCGCAUCUCUGUGGCAGCCACUCCGUGAUUCUUUUAGCUUGCCGAAUCCGCUACGAGCGGGACAACAACUUCUUAGCCAUGCUGGAGAGGCAAUUUUCCGUGAGUAAGGUUCACUAUGAUCCUGAAAAAGAUGUACAUGUUUACAAAGCCCAGAAGAGAAACCAGAGGGAGGGCUUAUAGUUGGCUGUAAUUUAUAGGAAUGUUGUCAUUAAAUGUGUCAAUUAAGGUGUUAGCAGGGGGAAUCUAACCAUGUUUAAUGAAAUGGCUUACUGUACAAAAAGUCUAACCAAAGGUUCUCGGGGAACAAACUGCAGUGAUUUUAUAGUCAUAUUUCACUCACUCCGAAACUCAAUUAACAUUAAGAGGAGUGUGAGCUUUGGUUCAUGUUGUUUCUGUAUCCCAUAUGCUCCCUCCUGAUAAGCAGUUUUCACUGAUACCACGAAGGGCUGGCGUAUUGGCAUCUUCAAAGCAGUGAGCUUGUUUUGCUUUAGUGAGAGGCUAAGUCAUGCAAAUAACUUUAAACACAUUCUGAGAUAUAUGUUUAGCCCAUUUUUUUUCUAAUUUUCUGAAUAUAAAACAAGUUUAACAUA